UGGGACAAUCAUUCUUGCAUUGGACGGCUUUCUCAACGUGUUGGGAACGUUUGAACAUUCUCCUCGAGAAAUCAGUAAGCCGUCGACUUAUCUCGUGCGUAUAUCGUUAUUCUGCGCUACAUUACCUGGAUUUGUAGGACAGAUUCAUCUGUGAAUAAACGGUCAAGAAAUAUCGUAAUGUGAUAUAACUUUUUUUACUGAAUAAAAAUAUUAUUUCAACUUUUGAAAACAAUUAACUGUACGUUCCAACUAACUAUGGAAAAUAUACUAUCGCAGAUUAGCAAAUGCAAGAAAAAUCAAUAUAUACCGACACCCCGUAUACGCAAAUGUAAAAUUAUUCUUAAAUGAGUGGUUCUGAUAAAUAAUUGUUUUUAAUAUUUAUACAACAAUCGAUAAUAUUAUAUAUUAUAUAGAAAAAGAGGUGAAUAAAUAUAUAAUAACGGUGUACAGGCUACUUUCGAGUGUUACAACCAUGUCAAGUAUAACGUUGCCGACUCGAUACGUCACUAUAGAAGAAGAGUGCAAACGGAAUCCGGAACUCAAAAUGUCAGAUCUGCAAAUGUUGAAAGAUUGGAUGGACAAGCAACCUCAUUUACCAAAUAUAGAGAUGAUGUAUUUUGUUUUAUUUCUUCAUAGCAAUUAUUACCAUCUAGAGUCGACCAAAAAGACAAUAGACAAUUUUUUUACCUCAAGAACGCAUAUGCCGGAAGUGUUCUCCAAUAGAGAUCCGAUUGCAUGGAAAGAACUACGGAAGACUUUCACCGUCGUGGCGGCUGUACCAUUGGAGCAGAAAACUAAAAAGGGAUACAUCGUGACGUUUGGCAAGCUUUUGGAUCCGGAUCCAAGUAAAUUUGACUAUCUUGAGUGUAUGAAGUAUUUAUUUAUGACAUGUGAAGUACAAAAUGUGAUAAGAGGCACCAGUGAGGGACUAGUUAUCAUCAUGGACGCAUCGGGUUUAUCCUUUGGUCAUAUCGCUCGUUUAAAUUUAAUGAAUCUAAAGAAGAUAUUGUACUAUGUACAAGAAGCUAUCCCAGUUCGAUUAAAAGCUAUACACAUAUUCAAUACUGUGCCCAUAAUAGACACGCUAUUGAAUAUGAUAAAGCCUUUUGCGAAAGCAGAAUUGCUCAAGCUUGUGCACUUCCAUUCAAGCUUGGAGACUGUGCAGGAGUUUCUGCCCAUCGAAGCUUUGCCAAACGAAUACGGCGGAAAAGCGGGAUCUAUCGAGGAAAUAGUUACAAAGCACGUCAAAUUAUUGGAAGAAUUCCGCGAAUGGUUUCAAUACGACGAACUUGUUGGACGGGUGAAUGAAUCUCUGCGAGUGGAGAAAUGCCAAAAUACGGAAAGUUUGUUCGGUGUGGACGGUAGUUUUAAAAGAUUGGAGAUUGAUUAACCGAAUAAAUACGAAGUUAAAUAUCUUUAAA